CCGUACAACCGGCCUGGGGCCGGAGAAGGGAGACCACCCGUGGACGACAGCCAGCUCGCGCCCGUAGCCGGCGCCGAUGACAACACGCCCCAGGGAGCCGGCGGGCGACCGACGAGGGAGGAGGCCGAGCAGGCGGUGCGCGUGCUGCUCCGCUGGGCCGGCGACGACCCCGAGCGCGAGGGGCUGCUCGAUACGCCCAAGCGGGUCGCGCGCGCCUACGAGGAGUAUUUUGUGGGCUACGGCCAGGACCCCUAUGCGAUCCUGCGUCGCACGUUCGAGGAGACAAACGGCUACGACGAGAUGGUCGUUCUCCGCGACAUCGAUUUCCGGUCGCAUUGUGAGCACCAUGUGGCGCCGAUCGUCGGCCGCGCCCACAUCGGCUAUCUGCCGGACCACCGCGUGAUUGGGAUCAGCAAGCUCGCUCGCGUGGUCGAUGUGUUCGCCCGGCGCCUGCAGAUUCAGGAGAAGCUGACCGCCGAGAUCGCCGAUUCCAUCGAGUCGGUCCUGCAGCCGCGCGGCGUCGGGGUCGUGAUCGAGGCGGCGCACCACUGCAUGACGACGCGCGGCGUCUCCAAGGAGGGAGUCCUCAUGGUGACGAGCCGGAUGCUCGGCGCGUUUCGCACGGAUCCGAAGACCCGCCGCGAGUUUCUCAGCAUGAUCGGGAACCCGGCGGCCUCGGUGCCGCGCUAG